AUGUUCACUUUUGUGAGUUUUUUGAAAUUAUAUGCAAUUAAAUAGAAAAUUGUUUGCAGUUGUUCGAAAAAAUGGAAAGAAGCGAUAAAUCGUAUUAUAUUCCUCAAGUAAAAAAUGGACAACAUAUCCAAUCUGAAAUUUUAAACGCUUUCAAAGAUGAAUUUUUGCAGUCGAAGACACCUAUUUUUAUGGAUGAAAAUAUCGAAAAUGACACAGUUUUUGAGAUUGUCAACGAUUAUUCGAUUUUAUUUGGUGAUCAGAAAUUGGUUGAAUUUAUGAUCAAGAGAAUUGAUCAUAUUAACAAUAAAGAUGUGACGAUUGCUGUAAAAUAUGCUCUGGUAAAUAGUUUUUAUUUAAAUUUUGAUUUAAAAAAACUAAUUUUGUUUAUUUAUAGACAUUGCUGAAAAACAAUCAUGAAGAUUCGGGUUAUUAUCAAUCAGACGAUGAAAAUAUAAGAAAAAUAUUAUUGGACAAGUUGAAUUUUGAAAUGAAUAAAAAAUGGUCAGAAUUGGAAAAAUUGGAGCUGGUGCUAGAGUUAGUGAACAGUUUUGUCGAUUUGAAAUCAAUAGAUGAUGAUACUUUUGGAUUGACUCGUGAAAAUAUCGAGGAUUAUCGCCUGAGACUGAUGAAUUAUAAAAAAUUAAAUACUCUGAGAAUUUCGUGAGUUGCCUUUUUUUCUGUUAAUUUUAUAGUGAGUAUUUUCAGACAUUUGUUUGCGUCUUUCGAGAAAAAAGUUAAUGAAACUCCAGAAAUUGAUGAUUUUCCAAUAGACGGAAGAGUUUCGAGAUUGCUACGGCAAAAUAAGGAAGUUGGAUGUUAGUUGAAUAUUUAUUUUAUGAAAAUUAUGGCUUUUUUUCAGUUAAAAAAUGGAUAGUAUAUAUGGAAAAUGAAAAAGAUAUUGAUUGUUUGAUGAAGAAAAUGAUGAAAUUUAGUCCAGGUUCUGAUUCGUAUUUCAAUAUCGAUCUUCAUUCAAAACUAUUGACAAAAUUAUUGGAGGCAAAAGAUCAAGAAAAAUUAGAUGAAAGAUUGCAAUGGUUGGAAGCUUCUAGUUUCAGUAAUGAAGAAGUUUUGAAAAAUUGGGUGAACGCUUCGACAAAUUACAAUGCUUUGAAUAUCGUCGCGAAAUUUAUGGCUAAUAUGAAACCGAAUGCGGAAAUUAUCAAAAUUGCUGCGAAUUUUCUAUUAAAAAUCAAUCAAGUGGAUAUAAGUCAAGCUAUCGCACUUGCUAAUAUAUUUGGGCCAAUAAGAACAACAGUUUUGGAGCCGGCUACGGAAAUAUUUCUAGAAAAAAAGACUACAAAAGAGUUUGUGAAGAAGUUGAGGAAGUGGGAAUUUUUUGGGACAUUGGAUAAAUUGGCGAAGUUUUUCGAGCGCAAAAAUUUUAUCAAAGUUUUGUUGAUGAGGAUUGAUCUUUUGUUGGAUAAAGAAUCGAAUCCAAGAUUUGCGCUGGUUAGUAUUAUUUCCUAAUUUUCUCACAAUCAAAAGAAAUUUUUUCUAGACUUUGGCUCAAUGUGGAUUCAAUCGUGAUUUUGGAUAUCAAUUAAAUCCUGCUGAUAAUCGAAGAAAUCAAAGAAUCGUCGACAUAAUUUUCAACUACCUUGAUAAUCAAAUAUAUAGAUCAAAUCCGAAAAUAACAAGUAUCGAAGUUGCUGUUCAGAUUUUCCAUAAUUUUGUGGAAAUCCAUUUUGACACUUUUUGGAUGUUUGUCGAUUUUGAAAACGUGGACAUGUUGUUGAAACAAUGGGCUGCAUCUUGUCUGAUUGAUAAUAAUCCAGGUUGCAAUAAUUUACGGUGAGUGAUUUUGAAAACUGUUCACUUUUCACAAAAUCCAGGCUUGAAAUUCCGAAUUUUCGUUAUUUCUAGAUUUUUUCGGAAAAGUCAAAACUACUUUUUUCUUCUUUUCCCGAUCGAAACUCAAUUUUUCAACAAAAAAAUUCGAUUUUUCAGAGCCAAAAUCAACGAAUUAUUCAUGCCGAACAAAAUUAUUAGAGAGCAACCAUCAUUUGGAAGUAAAUAUGAAGUUGUGGAUGAGAGACGAGCUGAAAAAUAUCUCUGA